UUUGUCCACAGCAACAGCAAAGAGCAGCGAGAACAAAGCACAAAGACUAGCGGUCAUCGUCCAGGUCGCUGCUGCUCUCCGAGGACGCUGUGACGGUGCCGCGCAUGUUCCGCCUUGCUACGCUGACGAGGUGGUAGAUGCCGAAGGCGAUGGCGGCGAGAAGGAUAAACAGGAUGAUGACAAUGACGGCGAUGACGUCGUUUUCCUUCAUCUUGGCUGACCUUUUGUGCGAUGCUCAAGAGGAGAUGUGUGGAAGGAUUGGUGCGCGGAUGGAAUAUAUCUUGUGUGCGUGCGUCGGGUUCACUUUUCUUCUCUCUCGUGCUUCCGACCAAACGAAGCGCAAGUAUGUAGAAGAUGUGCUGGGACGGUGGUUGUGCGCUUUUCUUGAGAUGAAUGCAGCUGGGUUGGUUGUUAGACAACAGGACCUUGUUUGUGCUAUGAUAGGAGUUGUUCGAGCUUUGUCUCUGAAGCAGCGAGAAGAGGGAAAAAAGGACUUACGAAUUAGCAGCGUUGGCGGUGGCGUUGCGGGGUUGCUGGAAGCUGAUUGACUGAUUCUUGAGCUGAGCUCUUAUCCGUGGCUGCAAUCUAUCUGACUCGGCGCUGAUUGAAUGGAGCUUCUUGAGAGCUUGAGUUGGAGCUUGAGUAAACUUUGUAAAGUGUCUGGAUACAACAAAAGCGUUGUGGAAUGCAAACAGACAGAGAGGGAGAGAAAAGUUGGUAUGGACUGCGCGCAGGAGCAAGGCGCACCCGAUCA